AUGUACCAAGCACACACAUACGCGCGCCUGCCACAGGCGCCUCAAAUGCCCCCUGCGCAGCGCAGACACCCUCUGACGAACGCCGUCAACCACCAUGUCAACCACCAGCAACAGGCGACACCCCCAAAGCCGCCGCCGAAGGCUCCAGCAUCGCCACCUCUACCCAGGCAGAAUAGUAAGACAACGCCGCCGUCGCCACCCAAAAUCAUCACCGACAAGUCGGGAAGGCUCCAGUUCAACCGGGUUGGGUUCUUGGGCGAGGGUGGAUUUGCACGAGUGUACGAAGUCAAGGACGCAAGAGGUGCCCGACUAGCAUGUAAGGUCGUCACGAAGGAUUCAUUGAAAACUAAGAAGGCUAAAACCAAACUCUACGCAGAAAUUAAAAUCCACCGCUCGCUGGAGCACCCGAACAUCGUCAACUUCCAAGACUGCUUCGAAGACAACGACAACGUCUACAUGACGCUUGAACUAUGCCCCUCCGGGUCGCUUAUGGACAUGCUCCGACGCCGGCGACGCUUCACCGAAGCAGAGUCGCGGUUCUUCAUGGUCCAGCUUAUUGGCGCGUGCCACUACAUGCACACGCACCAGGUGAUCCAUCGCGACCUGAAGCUGGGUAAUUUGUUCUUGGACCAGAACAUGAAUGUCAAGGUUGGGGACUUCGGGCUGGCGGCGCUCAUUGAGAACCCAGGCGAGAGGAAGAAGACGAUCUGCGGGACACCUAAUUAUAUCGCUCCGGAGGUUCUGUUCGACACCGCUAACGGCCAUAGUUUCGAGGUGGAUACGUGGUCAAUUGGUGUUAUCCUCUACACACUCGUCGUUGGCCGGCCUCCGUUCCAGACGAAAGAUGUGAAAGCGAUCUACAAGCGUAUCCGCGACAAUGAAUACGAAUUCCCGACCGACCGUGCCAUCUCCUCCGCCGUACAGAAUCUCAUUCAACAAAUCCUCACCCCCAACCCAUCACAGCGACCUACCCUCCAUGAAAUUGUCGACCACGCAUUCUUCGUACAAGGCCCAGUUCCCUCCUACAUCCCAACAUCAGCACACGACGCCCCACCCGAUUUCCGGCAUAUUUCCCGGAGUGCGUCCGAGCAUAACCUAAAGCGGCUGCGCAAGUACGCUCUGCUCGACGUCGACUACUCGUCCUUACCACCUUCCUCUUCUGGCGGCGCUGCUGGUUCACAAUCGAACGGGGUGGCGAACACCAAGAACGUCGCCACAUCCAUCGCGCAGCAAGAAAAGGAGUUCCAGAAGGCCGUUCAGCCAGGCUCGCCCAUCUCUGCUCUGCUUUCCUCUGCACGCCAGCCUCUACUCGUCGGCAAUCCCGGCGCCGGCGGCCCGGGUGGUGCUCGCGACAGUCCUUUGCUUCGUAAGCUCCAGGCGGUCAAAGAGAGCCCUCUUGGUCGGCGCACCGUCGUCCGCGGCCUGGAUGGGGUUGUUGAGGAGAGGGAUAGGGAUGGCGUACGCAGGAGACUCCCGAUGCCAGUACCGCCUGGCGGCGCAGGCAUGUACGGGAGCGAGGAUGGAAUGGACCAUGAGGAAGUGGAGGAGGAAGAGAUGAGGCUGAGAAAGAAGGAGCUGGAGGCGCAGAAGGCGAGGAUCGUCGCCCAAAUGGCGCCUGUGAGGGAAGAGGUCGAGGAGGACCAGGAAGAUGAGAUGGAAUACGAGAGGGCGAAGGCGAGUGCUAGGAGGGAAGAGGAGGAGGAGACGCAGAGGCAACGAGAGAGGGAGAGGUACAAGGUUCCCGCAGUCAAGGAGCCGAUGCGCGAGCGCCAGAGGGAACGAUAUGGCGAGAACGUCGCGCCGCAGAUGCAGCGCACGCAGAGCAAGUAUAGUAGUCUGAGGACGAGGAGUCAAGGCCUCGUCGUCGAUAAGGAGAACGUCCAUAAUGGCGGAUAUGCCUACAACACACCAACACCCGCGCCCCUCUUCUUGACGCAUCAUCCUCAAUCUUUGGCACCCACUCCUGCUGCGCCGCCCGUUACAUCCCAACCCCAACCACCCCCUCAACCACAAGCCCAACCACAGCCAAAGCCCAACGGCUUCGAUGCUGCCGCUCAGACCCUUUGCAUGGCCUUUGACGCUAAAGCUGCCGGGCGGGUCUUCUGCGACCCUGUGGGCAACCACCCGCUACCCGACGAGAAGGUGUUCAUCGUGUCAUGGGUUGAUUAUUGCAACAAGUACGGGAUGGGAUAUGCCCUGACGGAUGGCAGUGUGGGCGUGCAUUUUAAUGAUAGCACAACGUUGGUUUUAAGUCCUGAUAAAGUGCACUUCGACUACGUCACGUCGCGCCGCCACGCAUCCAUCUACGUGCGGAAGUCGUUCACCGUCGAGACCUACCCCGAGGAGUUGAAGAGCAAGGUCUACCUCCUGAAGCACUUCGAGCGGUACAUCAUGGACCGACUGUACGGCGAGUACGAGUACACGUUCGAGGACACCGGGCGCGAGAAGGGCAUGGAGUUCGUCCAGAAGUACCUCAGGAUGAAGCACGUCAUCGUCUUCAAAUUGAGUCACGACGUGUUACAGUUCAACUUUUACGACCACUCCAAGCUCAUCCUCUCUUCCUCCGGGCUGGUGGUAACCCACAUCGACAAACACUACAAGAUGACGCGCCACUCCCUCUCCGACAUCAUGGCCCAGGCCCUCUCCUACGCCGCCAACCCCGCAAGUGCCGCUGCGGACCCCGAUGGUGCCAAGUUCAACCAGCGCAUGAUGGAUAAGCUCAAGUAUUGCAAGGAGGUGCUCGUCAGCAUCCGCAAUGCGACGGGUGGUGCGGGGCCUGAGGAGCCGGAGAUGGGGAUCCCUGCUUCGAAUACGGCGGGGACGAUGGGCAGUCGCGGGUCGAAGAACUCCCUUAGCUAUGUUCGCGAAUUCCUAGGCAGCCUUCGUGUGAAGAAGGAAGAGCUUGCGAAGGUGGGCGUCGACAUCGGCAACAAGGACUACUUGUUGACAAUCAUUGCAUCCCUCCCUCUGUCCCUCUCGAGUUUCACAUCAGCACAGCUUGCCUCGGCACGGAUGUUCUCCACAACCCGCACGAUCGAUCCUGACGUCCUAAUUGGUCUUCUAAUCGAAGAAGCCAACCACCAGAAAGCGCAGCAAGCACGUCGACAAGGUGGUGGCAAGUCAAAGGAAGAGGACCGUGAUGAGGCAAUGUCAGUGGUGCCAUCGUCAAAGGGAAAGGCAAAGGCAAAGAGCAGCGGAAGCAAGAGGAGGGACCAUAUCGAGUGCUGGACAUGUGGCAAGAAGGGCCACUACCAAAACAAGUGCCCAAAGGCCAGCCAUGUACGCUAG